AAAUUGCGCCCAUCCCGGUCCUCGCUUCUCUCCUCUCCCCCCGAAAGUCGUAUGAGAGGCGUGCUCCUCCCCAGACCCAGCCGCCCCGACCUCCGACCAAGAACCCCCCGUCUCUCCAUCGUCUCCAGGUCGUCGAAGCGCUCCUUCUCGAGGAGAUUGGCAAUGGCGCCCCCUCCGAUCCUCUCCUUGGCCCUCCCAUCCGAGACCGGCCGCGUCCUCAGCAUCCAGUCCCACACCGUUCAGGGAUAUGUUGGCAAUAAAUCGGCUGUCUUUCCUCUUCAACUUCUUGGCUAUGAUGUGGAUCCAAUCAACUCCGUGCAGUUCUCUAAUCAUACAGGAUACCCGACGUUUAGAGGGCAGGUUCUCAAUGGUCAACAGCUCUGGGAUCUCAUUGAAGGCCUAGGAGCAAACGAACUAUUAUACUACACUCAUUUGUUAACAGGUUAUAUUGGUUCAGUUUCAUUUUUGGAUACUGUGUUACAAGUGGUAGAGCGAUUACGCUCAAUCAAUCCUGGACUUAUUUAUGUCUGUGAUCCAGUCAUGGGAGAUGAAGGAAAGCUUUAUGUUCCAGAGGACCUGGUUGCUGUAUAUCGUGAAAAGGUUGUUCCAGUUGCUUCAAUGCUUACCCCUAAUCAGUUUGAAGUCGAACUAUUGACAGGUUUGAGGGUUACUUGCGAAAGAGAUGGACUGGAAGCUUGCAAUAUCCUUCAUGCUGCUGGACCUACAAAGGUUGUGAUAACUAGCUUGCGCAUAGAAGACAAUCUUCUUCUUAUUGGUAGUCAUCAGAAAGUAAAGGGUCAGCCUCCUGAACAAUUUAAGAUAGUGAUACCCAAUAUUCCUGCAUAUUUUACGGGCACUGGGGAUUUGAUGACUGCACUUUUGCUGGGAUGGAGCAAUGGAUUUAUUUUGCAUUAUGCUGUUCAGAAAUAUCCAGACAAUCUGGACAAAGCCUCAGAGCUUGCAGUAUCAAGUUUGCAGGCUGUGCUACAAAGAACAGUGGCUGACUAUGAAAAAGCAGGUUUUGAUCCACAGUCAAGCAGUUUAGAGAUCCGAUUAAUUCAGAGCCAAGAUGACAUCCGAAGCCCACAGAUUAAAUAUAAGGCUCUAAAAUAUACCUGAAGAUAAAAUGAUCAUGGCAAGAUGCUUCUCUUGCCUGAGGGAUAGAGAAUAGAGCUGCUACAUUUGCAUAGGUAUAUUGGUGCCAUUUUGUACGUCAUUUGCCUAUCGAGGAUUUUUAACCAUAUGGGUUGAAGAUUUUAAAAUCAAAGGGCCAUCUUUCAUUGAUAUUGUAAAGAUAUUAUAGAACUAUAUUGCUCUAAUUACAGAGGUACUGAUUAUUGACUAUAAAAUAAAAUGGGAAUUUCUAUGAUGCCUCAUUAUAUUUUUU